UUGUUCCUCAGAGAGAGAUGAAAAAAUAGCAAUAGAGUGUGAAAAUUCGUGAUUUAUCUCUCUAUUUCUUGCCAAUGUGAUACUCUUGCCCGCCGUUGACAAAUUCAGUCCAAAAGUCCAAAGGAAAUUGUCCAACUCAGCACCGAUAGAGCGAAGAUAUGGCCGAUAAACUGUGUGACAUCAGUCCAGAAGUCAGGGAGGAACUGAAAAAAUUCAGAUUCCGCAAGAGUACAACGAAUUCAGCGCUGAUCCUGAAAAUUGAUCGAGAGAAGCAAUUGGUGAUCCUUGAGGAUCAACUGGAUGAUGUAUCAGUGGAGGAUCUUCAGGAGCAACUGCCUGGUCAUCAGCCACGCUAUGUAAUCUACAGUUACCGAAUGGAGCACGAAGACAAGAGGAUUUCCUUCCCAAUGUGCUUCAUUUUCUAUACACCACGGGACAGCCAAAUGGAACUCCAGAUGCUGUACGCUGGCACCAAGGUGGCCCUCCAGCGUGAAGCUGAUCUCACAAGAGUGUAUGAGGUGAGGGAAUUGGAUGAUUUCACGGAUGAAUGGCUGAGAGAGAAGCUAAAGUGAAUUGAGAGAGCUCA